GCGCACGGAGCAGGACAGUCUGCAGAGUCGCAGCAGCGCGGCGUGCUUCCCGAUCACCCGCGCUGGGUCCUUUCAUCUCGGCCCUGCAGUCGCGUUCCCAGGGGCUGUUUGGUCUACCCAGUGCCUGCGGGUGGCCCUAAUCCGCUAUUGUUCUACUCGGUGGUUGCCGCCGGUCCCUGGCAGUCCUGUCUGCGUCUGCUUUCUGCGCAGCAGCUGAGAACGUAGCGACAAAGAAGCAAACGUGAUCAUACCUGGAGUCUUCUAUUUCUAAAAAUUCUGGAGCCUCCCCUGGAUCCCUUAGUGUGAACGAUUAAUUAAGGCUCUCCAUACAAUCCCUCGACGAGCCUUUGUUAGACUGUUGAGCAGUUAUCUGGAGGAACAGUAUUACUUUGUUACCUUUCAAUAUUAAAUUUCGCCGAGAAGCUGAAUGUCGUAAUCAUCCUCAAAGGGAAUAGAAAAGAGACAGAUUGGGUAGUGGGAGUCGUGCUCAGUCUGGUCAUGUAGCUCCAGACUAGUUUGGAGCUGUUGAGCCUGGUGUUGAAUGCUGGGUUUACAGAUUGGAACUAAGUCCCUGUGUUAGCAGCAGGCUGUGCAACAGAACCAAAGUCAAAAUGCAUCAUAUGUAAGUGAAAAUGUAUCAUAUAUAAGGUUCUUGAAAUAGUGUUUUGUUUUCUUUUUGCUUUGAGACAGUGUAAUUUAGGGAGAAGAUAUGUGUCAUGUUUGAAAGCUUUGAAAUGACUUUCUAACUUUUGGGGAGUUGUAGUAUUGACAGAAAAAAUGUUAUCUCCAAUAUAAACACAUAAGGUUCUCAGUUUGUAUAUGUUAUACCCCUUUGAAACUAAUCUGUUAUUCAGUGUUCACUGACUUUUGUGUUAGUCGGUAAGCAGACACAUGCUUUUCAAACAGACAGUUGAAAUGUUUAGAUUUAGUAAAAGAAAAAAUGUCUUGGGCUCAUUGAGAUUAUGUUAGAACUAUCAAUAGAUAGGAGACCUGGAGCUGAGGUGACGGUUUCUUAUGACUUCACUCUCCCAACUUUAAAGGGUCGAAACCCUUUCUAAAAACACAACAGAAAAUGAACAAGUUCAAGGGACCCGUGACAUUAAGGGAUGUCACCGUGGAGUUCACCAAGGCAGAAUGGAAGUUACUGACCCCUGCACAGAAGGCCCUUUACAAGAAUGUGAUGCUGGAGAACUACAGACACCUGGUCGCUGUGGGUUAUCGUGUGGUUAAGCGCAGUGUGAUCUCCAAGUUGAAGCAAGGAAAAGAGCCAUGGAUAUUAGAAAAAGAACUUCCAAAUCGGAAUCGUGCUGACAGACAAUGGAAUGUUCCUGACCCCAGAGCCAAACACCAGGCUGGAAAUGCAAGGAAAGGAGAACUCAGCAGACGUCGGAAAACUCCUACCCAACAUGAGAGCUAUGACUGUAGUGAGUGUGGCAAGUCCUUCUGCCAGAAAUCUUCCCUCGUCGUGCACCAGGAGACACACACCAAGAAGUCCUAUAAGUGUGACAAAUGUGGGCAGUCUUUCUAUACAAACGAAGACCUCACCAUCCACCAGAAAGUUCAUACCCGCGAUAAAACCUACCCAUGCAAAGAAUGUAACAAAAUUUUCUACCACCUGUCAUCCCUCACUAGACAUCUGAGAAUCCACGCAGGAGAGAAACCCUAUGAAUGUAGCCAGUGUGAGAAGUCAUUCUACCAGAAGCCACACCUCACAGAACACCAGAAGACACACACAGGGGAGAAACCCUUUGAGUGUAAGGAGUGUGGGAAGUUCUUCUAUGUGAAGGCAUACCUCCUGGUGCAUCAGAAGACACACACAGGGGAGAAACCUUUUGAGUGUAAGGAGUGUGGGAAGUUCUUUUCUCAAAAGUCACAUCUCACAGUCCAUCAGAGAACGCACACAGGGGAGAAACCCUACAAAUGUAAGGAAUGUGGGAAGCUCUUCUCUAGGAAUUCACACCUCAAAACACACCAGAGAACUCACACAGGAGAGAAACCCUAUAAAUGCAAGGAAUGUGGAAACUGCUUCUACCAGAAGUCAGCCCUCACUGUGCACCAGCGAACUCACACUGGGGAGAAACCUUUCGAAUGUAGUAAGUGUGGGAAAAACUUUUACUAUAAAUCAGACCUCACCAAACAUGAGAGGAAGCAUACAGGGGAGAGGCCCUAUGAAUGUACAGAGUGUGGCAAAUCUUUCUCUGUGAACUCAGUCCUCAGGUUACAUGAGCGGACUCACACUGGGGAGAAGCCCUAUGACUGUGAGAUUUGUGGGAAAUCCUUCUCUCAGAAGUCACAUUUUGUCAUCCAUCAGAGAAAGCACACAGGGGAAAAGCCCUAUGAGUGCCAGGAGUGUGGGGAAAACUUCAUCCAGAGGUCACAACUCACCACACACCAGAAGACACAUGCUAAGAAGGGGAAAACUAGCAAAUAGCGCGAGUUCAAAAUCCCUGCCAUAAUUCAUCCUUCUGAUGUAAUACACACAGAAGGAGAACCUUCUAAGUAUUGAGAAAAACAUUGUCAGCCACUUUUUUCCUUAUAGAAUUAUCAGCACAUAUACAGAAGGAAAUUAGAUGAUGUUAUUAGGAAGAACUUUACAAUAUGGCCAACUUUUAUAAAUAUCAGGUGGUAGAAACUGUAAAACAUGAAAGAUAAAAUGGGGCAGAAAUCCAGUAAGUAAAUGUCCAGAAGUUUCUGUAGUAGCAUCUAGCACUACCCUCCAGAGUACAGUGAAGACCUCCUGUGGGUAUCCCAGCACUCACAAGUCUCUUCACACAGAGGUACUCAUCUUAAAAAGAUUGGGGGGACUUAGUACACAGAUUGCAACAGAUAUGGAAGUUUAUCAAGAACACAUCCAUCACUGAACGUUGGCUGUAUUAUACUUUAAUCAUACCUAUGGAGGCAUUAUCAAUAUUUGAAAUAUUUUUAACAAAAAUUAUAGGAAUUUAUACUGAAGGCAACAGUCACACUGUAAGUCAUAUUGCCUGUCCCAAGAUGGAUUUUACUUCCUAAAGAAAUAAACAACAAAAACAGAAACCAUCAAAUAUCCCAUAUAUCAAGCUAUUUAAAGAGCAAAAAAAUCAGGAAACACCAUUAAACAAAGAAUUGUUUUUGAUAUGUAGGGUGUAGGUAUGUACAUGGGUAUCUACAAAAUAUUUGUAAGUGUGUGAUUUGCACGUGGGACUCAUCUGUCAUUGUGCCUAAACUCAGUAGCUGUAAUGUGUGAGGACACUUGCACAUCAACAGUGAUUUCCAUUGAUAGUAUUGUUACUAUAACAUAUGUUGGUGUAUACUUUAAAAGUAUAGUGUAUCUUUUCAUCUACUUCCUGGCACUUACAAAUGGGUUCAGACAUUGUUGCUAAAUGAACCCUUCAGAAGAAACUUAAAUCAUUUUGAAAUUUUUUCAGCUAUAUCCUAAUCAGCUGAACUUUGGGUUGGAGAUGCAUUUGUAGCAGUCUGAACAGCCUCUAAAGCAGAAGUAUUUCCUUAUCUUACUGUAGAUGUUGUGUAGCAGUGGUAUCUGUGUUUGUAUUUUGUAUGAAAAAUACCUCAUGGUUUUUCAUUCCUUUUCUGGGUAGCGGAGGCACCAUGGCCAGUGGCUAAAAGUGAGAUUCUAGGCUCCUGCUACCUUGUCCCAGACCCAGCAUGGGCAUGCCAUGCAGCUUCACUGUGCCUCAGCUUCCCUUACUGUGAGAGCAAUGAUAGCAGCAUCCUAGAAUUGCCUUGAGUUCAAAAUAGGUUAAUAUUGUAAAGCACUUAGAACAGUGUCUGUAAAACACAAAAACUCAACAUUAGAUAUUAUUCUUAUUAAUUCGUAUUUCCUGAAUCAUACAGUAAAAAGGUUGGCAAUCCACUACUUAGCUCCCACCUUAUUGCUGUUAGUGCCUUGAUUUGAUUUGGUUGUGUAUCUACCCACAGUGACUCAGGAGCAGAUCCUGAGUAGGCAAGGCCAGAGGUUGGUGAACCACAGUCCAUCUGCCAGAUUCACAGCCCAUUUUUGUAACCUGUUAGGUGAGAUUACUUUUAUAUUACUCAAUUAUUGCAAAAAUUAAAUAUUUUGUGACACAUGAAGGUUGUAUGAAACCAAAUUCCAGUGUCUAUACAUAAAGCACUUUGAGAACACUAAUCCAAACCCGUGUGCUUAUAUUGUGCCUGUGGCAGUCCUCACAUUGUGCUAGCAGAGCUAAGUAAUAGAGGCAGACCACAUGGCUAAGAGAGCCUAAGACAUUGAUGACCCAGCACUUUACCACAUAGGUCUCCGUUACUCAGAGCUGCACACACUGCAGCCAGUCCUGAGCCCAGUCUUAUAAAUGUUCUGUUUACCAAACAUGAUGCAGCAGUAUAUGGGUGGGUGAUUUCUGUGCAGUAUAUUUAUUUUGUGUAUUGUAUUUAUAUGUGGAAAAAGCCUAGGCUUAGAAUUAUUUUUCCCAAAGAAAUGUGGUUUUUUACUUACUGAAUUGUUACGUUAAAACAAAUUUCUUGGAAUGUAACAAAUAUAUGAAAUAAACAUUGCCUCA